ACAAGUGAAAUCCCGCUUCAUGCAUGAAGGAAAUAGGUCGUGUGUUCAGCUCGCGAGAUGAACAUGAUUGUGGGAGGAGCCUGCUCCUACAGUCUGGAGACACAUGUAGGCCUACCUGUGUAAUUGUGAAAUAUGGCCAUCUUGGAGGAAACCAAAGCAGUGGAGGAUGAUAGUCUUCAGAACAAAACACAAGAACAUAAUAAGGAACCGGAGAAGAUUGAAUUGAUAAAGAAGCAGGGCUGUCUUGACCUAAUCAGAGAGUAACCCUGGUGGACAUAGCACCUGGCCAGAAUGGACAAGGGGGUCAAGAGGCGUGAUACGACCUCCAAGAGCACUAAUGUCUGUAGGUGCCUUGUUUGUGAACGUGUCCUGGCCAAUAAGUCCAGCCUAAAUGUGCACAUGAAAAUCCACACCGGUCAUCGACCGCACAAGUGUGCAACUUGUGAUAAGGCAUUCUUUCAGAAAACACAUCUCAUCGCACACAUGAAGACACACAAUAAACAGAAUGCUCAAGGUGGUUCUCAGGUCAACAAUCAGUUCUCCUGUCGGGUCUGUGGUAAAUCCUUCAAAACGUAUCGGGGACGAAAUUCUCACAUGAGAAGCCACAAAGCAGUAAAGGCCUUGAACUUGAAAUCUACAGACAAAUUGUUCAAGUGUAAAUUUUGUGGCAAGGUAUUUCCAACAUUCCGGGGUCGAAAUAAACACAUAAGGUUACACAUGACUGAGGUGGGUCCUCAAGAUCAACACACAAGUUUCUCAGCAUCCAAAAACACCAAGCAGAAAGAAACCUAUAAGUGUAAUCAGUGUGGCAGGGCAUUCAGGUCGUAUGUUGACCUGAAACAACACCGUGACACUCACGCCAAGCUGCAGCCUACUGGAUCACUCAAGGACACCGUCCAGGAGGUCUAUCGCUGCUUCAUGUGUGACAGGACAUUCAGGUCCUACGUGUACCUCAAACUUCACACAGACACACAUCGACUCAUGAACCAAGUCAACAAGGUCCAUGUUAAACAAGACACGCCCAGUCUGUACAAAACUGAACCCACAACAGUCGGUGAAAGCUCUGGUCUAAACCUGGAAACUCCUGUGUCUGAGGAACCUGAAUCCACAGGUUGUAAAUAUGUUUGUCACAUUUGUCGUCAAACGUUUGAAGCAGUUUUUUACUUGAAGCAACAUUUGCAGACACAUGUCAUUAAUCUGGAAUCUGGUGAGAAGUACGAAGCAAAACCCCAUGUUUGCUCAAUAUGUGGGAAGAGGUUUUUAAGAGCGUAUGACUUGCAACACCAUCUGAACAUCCAUGCAAGGGGAGGUUACAAGUGUUCCUUGUGCGAAAAGGUGUUUUCUUUCCAGAGUUGGCUCAAGCGCCACUUGAAGAGGGCUCAUGACAGUAUUCCUUCACAGACCAGUUCUAAACGACAACACCAAUGUAAGAUAUGCAGACAAGCGUUCAGCAAAAAAGUCCACAUGCUUAAUCAUAUGAAAUUCUCCCACAAAGUGAGGACACCACAACAAACUUCCUCCACUUGUAACCAAGGUGAAAGUGUUCUUGAGUCCGCGUGUCUGGAUAAAUCCAGAGGUUCAGAUAUUCAGAACGGAAUCUUGAAACAAGGUACAUCGACACAAUCAUACCCAUGUCCCGAGUGUGACAAGACCUUCACCAACUGGAACAAGCUAUUUCAGCAUAAAAGGAGCGCCCACAAAAAAUUAAAAAUAAAUCAUUGCUGUUCAAUUUGCAAUAAGAGAUUCUCGAGUCAAAAUGUUUUGAGAAAACAUGUGAAACAACAUGGUUUAUGCAUGCGCCACCAGUGCCAGUGGUGUGAGAGAUCCUACACUAUGAAGAAUAACCUUUGUCGCCAUGUAAGACUGGCCCAUGGCAAACACAGCAACACAGUAAUUCCCGGGGCUAAACAAGAUGUUCCGAGCAUAGUCAAAUCCAGACUUCAGUGCUCUAUUUGCAAGAAAACAUUCACAAGAAGAGAUGUUUUAAUGAGGCAUGUCAGACAUCACUGCUCAGUGUUACGCUUCCAGUGUCGCCUAUGUGCCAAGUCCUUCACCGAACAGUCAAGUCGACAACGCCACAUGAAGGUUGCCCAUACAACAGCGAUCAAUGACAGUGCGUCUGCAGAUGAGUCGGGAGAGAGUGACAAGGACCUAGAAGCCCUGAAGUGCCCUGUAUGCAAGAGGAUGUUUAGUAGACCAGAACAGUUGAGGAAGCAUGUCCAACUACACCGGUUUCCUCAACGUUAUGAUUGUCAGGUGUGCAAAAAGUCAUAUUCAAAUGUGUACAAUCUACAGCGCCAUAUGAAAACUGCCCAUCCAACAAUGAAAAAUUACACUGCAUCUGCACUUGUGAUGAACAGUGAUGAAGACCUCGAAGCCCUGAGGUGCCCUGUUUGCAAGAGGAUGUUCAAUAGACCAGAUAAUUUAAGGAAGCAUCUAAAACAACACAGCUCCCCUCAGCGUCAUGAGUGUCAGGUGUGUGGAAGAGUGUAUUCGCAGGUGUACAAUCUGUAUCGCCACAUACGAAUCAUCCAUACGAAAUUGUCAAGUGCACGACAUCAGGACUCUGUACAUCAGUGUCCUGUCUGUGAUCAAGUAUUCAGCAGGAAGGAUGUUUUGUACCGCCAUAUGAGACGGCAUAACAAGUCAAGUUUUCCAUGUCAGGUCUGCGGUAAAGAUUUUACUCGUCAAUCUGAUUUGUGUUGUCAUGAGAGGACAGCCCACAAAAACUCCAAAAUACAGCAUAAGUCUCAUCUAGACCUGUCUCGUGAAGCUCCAGAGAUGAUGAUGGCUCACAGCACAACAAAAGCACAACAAAAGACAUCCAAACAUCUCCGGACUAAACACAAUAUCCAAAGCAAAAAAGGUUGCCAUGUCCGAAAAGGUGAACCAAACAAGUGUUCUGUGUGUGGCAAAGGUUUCUCCAAUUGGUAUUGUUACAAACUUCAUUUACGGAUGCACACCGGAGAAAAACCUCACUCUUGUAACAUUUGUGGAAAAUUGUUUUCCUACGCUCAUCAGAUUUAUCAUCACAAGAGAUCUCAACACCCAGGUACCCCAGAUAACAUAAACAUAGAAGCUGAAGAUAACGGGUCAUCUCCGAAACUGGCAAAGAACGAAGAGUCAUCCAUCAAAGUGGAAUCGUCAUAUGAUCCACGCUGUUCAAAGAAAGCCAGAAGUGGUAAAAGAUGUUUGUUGUGUAAGAAGUGGUUUUCUAACCAGUCAGGAUUGUCAUCCCACAUGAGGGUUCAUGUAAAGACCAAACCACAUGACUGUUUUUGCGGAAAAUCUUUCACGAACCCUUUUAAUCUUAAACGUCACAAGUUGUCACAUGUCAAUGGCAGCGAAGGAGACUUGUUUGUGUGUUCCGGGUGUGGGACAACGUUCAAAACAUCCAACGACCUACUUGCUCAUAUAAAGGUGAAACAUUAUAAAUUAUACCCUUCUAAGAAAUCAUUGAAAAGUAAAAUUAAACGUUCCCAGGCUGCCAGAUUAUGUAGAUGUGGCAAGUGCAACAAAACGUUUCACUUUACAUUUGAGUUGAACAGCCAUGUGAAGAGACAUACAGGAGAAACAUCGUUCAGUUGCCCAUGUGGGGAGCACUUUUCAUUCCGACACCAUCUGAAGAAACAUAUCACCUACCACUUGAACCCUCAGAGCAGACUCUACAUUAAAGGUUUCGAACAGGACAAUGUGACUUUCCUCAAACAGUUCAAGAAGACAGAACAGACACAAUACAGAUGUAAAACGUGUUAUAGAGUUUUUACUGAUAAGCACCAUUUCAAACUCCAUGCUUGGAGGCAUUUAAAUAGGAGAAAGACCAUGUUUUCUACCAGCUUCUGCACAGAUGGAGGAGGAGGUGGACAGAAGUUUUUUAAUUGUAUCCUUUGUGAUGAGAAGUUCUCAUCAAAAGUGAAGCAGACAUAUCACUUGAAGUGCCACACUAACCCGAAGAGCAAACUCUGUGUGACACAAGUUCAGCCUAAGCUGUUGCAGAAACAACUAAGAAUUUUGGAUAACAAACAAAGAUAUAGAUGCAGAAUUUGUAAAACUGAAUUUGACUCGCAGACUGCUUGUCGACGCCAUUUGCAGACUCAUUCCACAACGCACAGCCUGAAACAAAUCAAGGAUGGUGCCAUUGUUUCCGGUGAACCUCUAUUGUGUGUAUUUUGUGACAGAAAGUUUAGUAUCUUGAGUCGUCUGAUCAUUCACGUGAGGACACACACUGGCAUCAAACCAUACCAGUGUGACAUGUGUGAGAAAAAAUUCUCUCUGCCCUAUACUCUGAAGGGCCACCUGAAGAAGGUGCACGGUGGGCAGAACCAGGAGUCUCAGUACAAGAGCCAUGGGACUGGAACCAGCAAUCAGAGGCAAGACAACACCAACACUCCUCUUUCCAAUCAACAUCAAUGUAAAAUAUGCCAGAGAGUGUUUGCAUUGCCGAGCAGCUUGAAAAUUCAUAUGAGUAAAAAACAUAUUGUUUCUUUUAAAAUUGGCAGUGUGUCUUCAACAUCUUCUAAACAAAAUAUUGCAAAGAAAUUUCCACAUGGAUCCGCUUCUUCAGCUCUCUACAAGGAUCAUAACCCGACUUCUUCAGCUAUCUACAAGGAUCAUAACCUGACUUCUUCAGCUAUCUACAAGGAUCAUAACCUGACUUCUUCAGCUAUCUACAAUGAUCAUAAGCUGACUGCCAAUGAUAAACAUUACCCAUGCACUUUUUGCAAGAAAUCCUAUCCUAGGAUGGAAGAUGUGUUAAAACAUUAUGUAAGUUGUUCUGAGAGCAGCGGAAAAGGUCCAUAUCUGUGUCCUUUGUGCAACAAGCCAGAAGUCACCCCAUCCAUGUUGUAUUCCCAUUUCCAGAAACAUUCACCAGAGAAACAAUUCAAAUGCAGGAUAUCCACCUGUUCUUACAAACGCAAAGGUGACAUGGCAUACCAUAUGAGGAAACUCCAUCCAGGUGAGCAACCAGAUUGUGGGAGUAAGCGUUCUGCACGGUCAGCAUCACGACCUGAAUGUAGUGUGGAACGAAUUAGAGAAAGAGCUAAAGCUUUUCCUAAGAAAGAUGUUGCUGAGUGUGUUGUUUGUGAUAAGACAUUUAAACAGGAACUUGCUUUCAAUGUUCACAUGAGGAUUCACACCGGGGAGCUGCCGUACAGAUGUGACGUUUGUGGGAAAAGGUUUAUGCUUCUGAGUAACAAGAUCGUCCAUGUGAAACUCCUCCAUAGAGAUGAGGAUGCUGCUGCAGGGAGACAAGGAAGGGUUGGCAGAAAAGUUAACCGUAGUCCUGACAAGAUGUUAAUGAGGGUUGUUCCAGAUGAUGCAGCGAUUCAAGAGGGUGGCAGUGAACAAGACAAGACGGAGGAAGAUGUAUGGGAGGAAGUUGUUAGAGGUGAUGGGGAGUCUGAUUAUUGUGGAGAAGAGCCUGAUACUGACACAAUGUUGAUUGAUGGACACAUGAUCUACAUGGACCAUGCCAGUCCAGUGGAUGAUGAGGAGAGCAUGGCUUCAGAUGAUGAAUUACAAUCUCAGAUUGAAGUUGAGAACAUCAGUGUUGAGACUGGAAUGGAUGGUGAGAGCAAAGUUGGUAGUGGGAGCAUGAAUGUGGUUGUCAGUGAGGGAACUGUGUUUCAGGGUUUAGGACUAGAACAAAAUGAAGUCCAAGGUCAUGUUAAUGCCAUCUUUGGAGAUCAUCUUGCUGUUGCAGAUGGAUAUGAUUGUGCCAUACAGAGUCAGAGUGAUCAUAAGCAAUGUCUAGUUGAUGACAUGCAAGGUCAAGCUGAUGGCAUGCAAGGUCAAGCUGAUGGCAUGCAAGGUCAAGCUGAUGGCAUGCAAGGUCAAGUUGAUCACAUGCAAGGUCAAGUUGAUGACAUGCAAGGUCAAGUUCAUGGCAUGCAAGGUCAACAUGAUGGUGUGCAAGGUCAAGGUGAUGGCAUGCAAGGUCAAGUUGAUGGCAUGAAAGCUCAAGUUGAUCGCAUGCAAGGUCAAGCUGAUGGCAUGCAAAGCCAAAGUGAGUUUCCACUGCACCUUGGUAUUAUUGCAGAAGUUCAGUGUGAAGAGUUGUUGAAGGUUGAUGGAGUUUCUAAUAACCAUUCUGUGUACACCGGUCCCAUUGUUGAUGGACCAGGGCGGGAUUUGUCAUCUGGUGGACCAGCCCAGGAUUUGUCAUCUGGUGGAGCAGAGCAGGUUUUGUCAUCUGGUGGACCAGGGCAGGAUUUGUCAUCUGGUGGACCAGCCCAGGAUUUGUCAUCUGGUGGACCAGGGCAGGAUUUGUCAUCUGGUGGACCAGCCCAGUAUUUGUCAUCUGAUGGACCAGGGCAGGAUUUGUCAUCUGAUGGACCAGGGCAGGAUUUGUCAUCUGGUGGACCAUCCCAGGAUUUGUCAUCUGGUGGACCAUCCCAGGAUUUGUCAUCUGAUGGACCAGGGCAGGAUUUGUCAUCUGGUGGACCAAGGCAGGAUUUGUCAUCUGGUGGACCAGUGCAGGAUUUGUCAUCUGGUGGACCAGGGCAGGAUUUGUCAUCUGGUGGACCAGGGCAGGAUUUGUCAUCUGGUGGACCAAGGCAGGAUUUGUCAUCUGGUGGACCAGGGCAGGAUUUGUCAUCUGAUGGACGAGGGCAGGAUUUGUCAUCUGGUGGACCAGCCCAGGAUUUGUCAUCUGGUGGACCAGGGCAGGAUUUGUCAUCUGGUGGACCAGCACAGGAUUUGUCAUCUGGUGGACCAGGGCAGGAUUUGUCAUCUGAUGGACCAGCCCAGGAUUUGUCAUCUGGUGGACCAGGGCAGGAUUUGUCAUCUGGUGGACCAGCCCAGGAUUUGUCAUCUGGUGGACCAGGGCAGGAUUUGUCAUCUGGUGGACCAGCCCAGGAUUUGUCAUCUGGUGGACCAGAGCAGGAUUUGUCAUCUGAUGGACCAGGGCAGGAUUUGUCAUCUGGUGGACCAGGGCAGGAUUUGUCAUCUGGUGGACCAGCCCAGGAUUUGUCAUCUGGUGGACCAGCCCAGGAUUUGUCAUCUGGUGGACCAGAGCAGGAUUUGUCAUCUGGUGGACCAGAGCAGGAUUUGUCAUCUGGUGGACCAGAGCAGGAUUUGUCAUCUGGUGGACCAGAGCAGGAUUUGUCAUCUGAUGGACCAGGGCAGGAUUUGUCAUCUGGUGGACCAGAGCAGGAUUUGUCAUCUGGUGGACCAGAGCAGGAUUUGUCAUCUGGUGGACCAGGGCAGGAUUUGUCAUCUGGUGGACCAGAGCAGGAUUUGUCAUCUGGUGUUGAUGAUGUCGCCCUUGUUCCCCAGGACCUGUCACAUGGACACUGUGGCAUCCAACUUGACAUCUCACUUGGUCUCCGCAACAAUGAUGGUGUCUCAACUGUAGGAUGUGAUGUCCCGCUUGAUCCCCAUGGCAAUGAUGGUGUCUCUCUUGGGCAGCAUGGCAUUUCACACGAUGGAAAGAAACAACAGUCUGACAGACCAUCUACCACAGCCAGGGAAGUUGUAAACUCAGUGGAAGUAAAUAACAAUUAUCCUGACAGUGAAUUCAGAAUUGAGUUUACAAGUCAUUGAUAGACUCUUGCUGGUGCCAGGGCGGUGGGGUAGCCUAAUGGUUAAAGCGUUCGCUCGUCACGCCCUCUUGCUGGUGCCAGUGUACUUUGCUAGAGACAUGAACUGUUCAUGGUUGGCAUGAUCACUGCAGUGGCAAUUGUUAGUCUGAUUUUAAUUGACAUCAAUAUACAUUUAGAAUCAACCAUUGCAUUAAAAGGAGUUUGAAACUAACAAUGUCAAUGUGACACUUCAGGAUUGGUUGUAUUUGAAUAUUUGAUACCACUGUCAUAGUUUACAUAUUACAGAUUUACAUAUAGAUUGUUUAAAGAUUAAGAUCCACUUGACAUAUUCAACCUUGUUUGUAUGAAGUACAGUGUAACUUUGAUAGACAAGCAACACAAUCAGUCAAUAGUUUCUCGCAGUAUGUUGCUUGUGAUGUGUUCAGUCACAUACGGUCCACAGAAUGUCCUGCUUACCAUGGUACUCAAUAGGGGUGAAAAGAUACAGCAAGGUCACGAUACGAUACGUAUCGCGAUACACAUGUUUGCAUCAAAUCAUGUGGAAACUUGACAAGAAAUAUUUUAGAUCAGGUUCAAAAGGAAAAGCUAGCUGUAGUUGUGAAUUGGAAAAGCUGAUUACAACACAUUUUACGAUAUCUGACUGACAAAAACGUUCGGGAUCAUUAAACGAGUAGAAAGUAAUUUGUUUCAGCAGUUGUAUCAUCUUGUAUCAAUACAGAAACAUGCAUAUUGUGUAUCGUAUCUUCACAUAAAACUCACAGUGCACCGAUGUAUCGUUUUACACCUAGUAGUCAGCUAUACUCAGAAUGGAUGUGACGUGGUUGGAUCAUGUUUACAUGCCCAUGCUGUCAGUCGGGUCGUGUGACCCAGUUGGCUAAAACGCCACAAUUUUCUGUGCAGGGUUGCCUCCCUUGGGAAAGCCAGAAAUCUAUGGUUGUGUUUCUAGGUUUGUCAGCACUCUACCCAUGCUACUGGGGGCUUUCCUCCCACACCAAGCUGACACUCCAUCAUACACAUAAUUACUCUUGUUACUAUUCAAAUCGCCCAUUUUUAUAUUAAUAAUCUGUAAAAAUUAAAGAUUGUAUAUGAUGGCCACAGUAUAAUGAGGUCAUCUUUGAUAAUUUGAAUUCUUUUCUAAAACCAAAAGUCCUUUAAGACUGAAGUUAAUUGUGAAAUGAAUGAUAGAUGUAGUUCUUAGUUAGUCCAAGGAUCAUGAAGACAGUUAUGGUUGCUGGCAGCCAUCCUUGCAUGAGUUAGCUGAUAUGUGUAGUAUACUGAAAGCGUGGAAGCCAACUUUCAAAUAUCCAUUGAGACCACUUUAUUUUGUAGCCCUUCAUGAACAAUAACAUUUUAGCACUUUUAUUUUCCACCACUUCUCCAUACUUGAUUUUAAAACAAAUUAGUUUAGCAAGACUAGCCACAGACUCCGACAUAGGUUUUGUACUAGUCCUUAGAAACUAAUUUCUGAAGUCUGGGUGUCUGUGAUGCAUACCAGCAUGACUAGGAGGUUCCUAGGCUGAUUGACCAUCCUCAGUUAUCCAUUAGUUUAUAUCCCUUUUUCUAUUUUGAUAAAUUCCAUCAUGGCAUUAUUCGAGGCCUAUUCAAAUAUCACAACGAAAAUAGCUCUCCGUUCCUAUUGCUCUAAGUGAGAGAUUGGAACAAUGGAGGAAGUGUCGUGUUACCAAAAUGACACUAUGGUGGCAAGGGAGUUUAUGGUAUUCCAAGUAAAAUGGAUACAGAAAACCUUGGCUUAUUGAGGUUGCUGAUGAAUUUCAAAUGAACAUUGAUCUGUUAUUUUAUUGUUGAUAAUAAAUGCCUGUAUUUACAUGUCAUUAUAUAAAUGUGAUCAUGUGAUCCCAUGAAUUCCUGUACAUAUUUAGUUCGAUUAAGACUUAGAUUUUAAUCAGUGUUCGUGUUUGAUUGGAUAAUAACCUAUAGCAAUGAGAUCAGCAGUAUAUCUAGAAUAUCUGUAGUUAAAAGUUGAGUUUUUAGCUUUUUGCCUUUUUUCUGCAUCAAGUCUCUACUCGGGUAUCAGGUUUAACAAAGGCUCUCGGGUGAGGGGUAGCCUAGUGGUUAAAGCAUUCGCUCGUCACGCCGAAGAACUGUGUUCAAUUCCUGACAUCGUUACAAUGUGUAAAGCCCAUUUCUGGUAUCCACCACCGUGAUAUUGCUGGAAUAUUGCUAAAAAUGGUGUAAAACCAUACUCACUCACUCACUCACUCACUAACAAAGGCUCUCAGAGUGCUUUGAGCGAGAACUAUUCUUAGAAAUAUUUCCCACAUUAAAACAUUUCCUUUUUAGCUAUUUAACAUUUACAGUGCUGGUUGUUGGUUUUCAUUAUCAUCAUUGUUGCAUCAUUCAUGUUUCCAAUUGAAAAGCAAGCCAUGUUCCUCAAUAUUAGAGUGGUCACAUGACCACUUUGGAACUGUGGGGUGUUUUCCUGGAUUGUUACAACCAUGGAAUGGUUCAUGCCAACUGUGCAGCACACUCCCCGAUAGCUGGUUCCACUCGGAAGUUAAUUGAACCAGCAGGAAGAAUGAUCAACCAUGAUGAUGAAACCUGUAUCAGGAAAUUCUUUCCGACCGGCAUCGUGUGAUGACUGUUUUGUACAGAGCUAGUGUGAUUGACAAGAUAUAUCUUGGCCCUGUUGUACUGCAUUGAGCAAUGUUGAGUUGUGAAAUUAUACUUUUUAAUUUUAAGAUGGUAUCAACACAUGAUAUCAGAGGCAUUUUCUAUCAAUUUGUUGGUUAUGAUCACCAGCUUGGCGACUUUUGUUUCUGACAUUUGCAUAGUAAGUGAAAACAUGUAGUAGCAUCAUGAUGGUGUUUGUGAAACCUGGUUUGAGAGAAUGCAAGCUUUUGGUCCUCACAGAAUCUGCAUUUAUAACUUGUCUGAUUUCCAUUUAUGUUGGGACUUGCUUGGGUUUCACAAGUUCAAGUGGUUGUGAAUGUAUUAUUAUCCAGAUUAACAAAUAUACAAAGACAUAAUAAAUCUGAACAUAAUCAUCA